UUGAAAUAUAGUUUUAAUACUUUAAAAGUAUGGAAUGCAAAACAUUUGGAAAACGCAUCUUUGUUCUCCACAUAACGGCAUGUUUACAUCUCUUCCUGUUACUUGGUCCCGUUGUCCAAACUGCGUCUGUUCCUGGCCGGACAGUACUGACUUCAAACCCUAACAACGCUACUGCGACCAGGGUCGAGCGGGUCAAAGAACAGCUAACUACCCUCAAGGUUUUAGAAAGAUAUUACCAGCAACUCUUUGUGAGGGGUUACCUAACGGACGAAGCAACACGAUCAUUAGCUCAUAUCCGCUCGUAUAUGCGAAUUCUAGAGACGUUUCUUCAGUCGAAAGCGAAAUAAUCAUUUCUUCAGUCGAUAGUAGACUAAAAGUUUCUUCAGUGUAGAUAGCGGAAUAAUCGUUUCUUUUAGUCGAUAGCGACUUUAAGUAAUGUUUGCGAAGAUCUUCUACUGGCCUAUCUGUGAUAUACCAAGACUUUGUUCAUAGGUGAACUCUGAACAAACUCUGUUAGUCUCUGUAUUUAAUAUGUUACUUUGUUGUUAAUGUGAUUCUAAUAAAGUAUAA